AUGAUAAAAGGAAUAAAAGUUGCUCUUUUCAAAGGCAAACAACAACACCAACACCAACAACAACAACAACAGCAUCAGCAAAAAGACUCGAUUAAAUCUAUAGAUUCACACAGUAAUACUGCCAUGUCAUCCCCUACCAUUACACCUGAAGCAUUAUCGUCCACAAACACCAAUUCCUCACCAUCAUCCUCUCCCUCGAAAAAAUCGAAAUCGUCUAAUAAUAGUAAUUCAUCUCCCAAGUUAAGCAAGUCGUCCAAUGGACAAAACAAGUCGUCUAUCCUGUCUCGAGCGUCCAUUCAAAACAUGUUACCUACCACAAGCACUUCGACGACUACUGCAGAUACACCAACGAUAUCUGUCGAACCAAACGCAAUGUCUUCAGCAACAGCGACAGCAGCAGCAGCAACGGCGUCCGCAUCAUCGAAAUCAUCGUCUACAUCCACCUCAUCCUCCCAUCAAAAACACUCAUUCCUCAACAGUAACAACAACACAUCAUCCAAAAAGAACCAACAUACAACUACCACCAAAGACGGCACUGCGGUUGUCCCCAAGCAGCCCUCCAACAGCGCCAUGGCAUGGUUGAAAGGAGCGUCCAAAGACACAAUUCCUAUUGGCAAAGUACCUCGACGACAAAAAUCAUCCAGAUUUCAUGUGUACGAUAAAGUAACGUUGGAAAAAUUGCCGUCAUUCAAAGAAGUAGCGCCUGCCAAACGAACAGAACUCUUCCUCAAGAAAUUAGCACAAUGUCAAGUACUGUUUGAUUUCAGUGAUCCCUCCUCGGACCUCAACGGCAAGGAAAUCAAGCGACAGGCGCUGCAAGACAUGCUGGAAUACGUAGCCACCACCAAAGGUGCAUUGACUGAUGCAGUCUAUCCAGAUGUAGUAAAAAUGUUUUCUGCGAAUCUAUUCCGCACAAUACCACCUCCUAUCGACAGAGAAGAAGGAUACGAUCCAGAAGAAGACGAACCCACACUGGAAGCAGCUUGGCCACAUUUGCAACUCGUGUACGAAUUCUUCUUGCGAUUUGUGGAAUCACCAGAUUUCAAUGUGCAUGAAGCCAAAAAGUACCUUGACCAGAAAUUCAUACUGCAUCUACUCGAGCUAUUCGACAGCGAAGAUCCGCGUGAGCGAGAUUUCCUAAAGACCACGCUGCAUCGACUAUAUGGAAAAUUCCUCAACCUGCGAGCCUACAUUCGAAAAUCCAUCAACAAUAUCUUUUUCCAGUUUAUUUAUGAGACGGAAAGUUUCAAUGGCAUUGCGGAAUUGCUGGAGAUCCUGGGAAGCAUCAUCAACGGAUUUGCACUGCCCUUGAAGGAGGAACACAAAACCUUCUUGAUCCGCGUCCUGAUGCCGUUGCAUAAACCAAGCUGCUUGACAACAUAUCAUCCUCAACUGGCUUACUGUGUGGUGCAGUUCUUGGAGAAGGAUCCUACACUGACAAAGCCCGUGGUGGAUUGUUUGCUGCGCUACUGGCCCAAGGUGAACAGCGCCAAGGAGGUCAUGUUUCUGAACGAAAUUGAAGAAAUCCUCGACAUCAUUGACAGCAGCGAGUUUCCCAAAGUCUGUGUGCCCAUCUUCGAAAAGAUCGCUCAGUGUGUCUCUAGUUGUCAUUUUCAAGUUGCAGAGCGGGCUCUCUAUCUCUGGAAUAACGAUUUCAUUGUGAAUUUGAUGCAUGAUCAUGUAAAGACCAUCAUGCCAAUCAUGUUUAAACCACUGUACACAUUCUCGCAACAGCAUUGGAAUAGAACGAUUCACGGACUGGUGUAUAAUGCGCUCAAGAUAUUCAUGGAUAUGGAUCCACAGCUAUUUGAUCAAUGCACUUAUUAUUACAAGAACAACGAAAAAAAGGUGGAAGAGCUACAAAAAGAUCGAGAGAUCGCAUGGCACAGCGUAAAACAAGCUGCCGAGAAAAACCAACAGCAGGGCCCAGCACAGUCAUCAUCGUAG